AUGUAUGUUCUUUGGCACAAACUCAAGAGAUUGAAGCAUGAGUUAAAAAACUUCAGCAAACUUCUAUCUGAUGUGAAAAACAAAUUGGUAUCAGUUAGAAAUACCCUCAGAGAAACACAAGAAAAGCUGAGAAAUGACAGAAUGAACAACACAUUGAUUGGGAAGGCUAAAGAUCUGACUGAAGAAGUGAUAUCUCUGAACGAAAUGGAAUGGAAGAUACUGCAGCAAAGGGCUAAGAUUGAUUGGAUUAGAAAAGGAGAUGGAAGCAAUCAGUAUUUCUAUGCUGCUAUCAAAGGUAGACAUCACUCCAACAACCUUAACAACCUGAGGCAGAAUGAUGGUAGGCAAAUUACAACCAAGAAAGACAUUGAAGAUGAAGUAAUUAAGUUCUACAGAAACCUAAUGGGCAAAAAUGAUGAGAGCAUUAGCCAUAUUGAUAUUGAGGCCAUGAGGUUGGAAAAGCAACUUGAUAUGGACUAA